AUGGACUCUAUUGAGAUCACAUACUCGCCGGACGUGGCCUCUGCUCUGGCUGCAGGCCUCCCGGUUGUGGCCCUCGAGUCGACCAUUGUGGCCCAUGGUAUGCCAUAUCCGGAGAACCUGGUGACCGCCCGCGAGGUCGAGGCGACGGUCAAGGACGCCGGUGCUGUUCCUGCUACCAUUGCCAUUGUCGAUGGCGUGAUCAAGGUCGGCCUGACGGAUUCAGAGCUAGAGCGCCUUGCUGCCAUGGGCCCAAAGGUGGCAAAGGUCUCCCGCCGUGAUGUGGCUGCCAUCGUGGCUCGGGCUGCUACAGGCGCUACAACUGUAGCAGCAACAUCGCUCAUCGCUGCACGUGCCGGCAUUGCUGUCUUUGUCACCGGUGGUAUCGGGGGUGUUCAUCGCGGUGGCGAGCUCUCCAUGGAUGUCUCUGCUGAUCUCGCUGAGCUGGCUCGGACUCCGGUGGCUGUCGUCUGCGCCGGCGCAAAGUCCAUUCUCGACAUUCCGCGCACUCUUGAGGUGCUGGAGACUGCGGGCGUGCCGGUUAUCGGCUACGGCACAGACGAGUUCCCGGCCUUCUUUACUGCCCACUCGGGCUCGGCUGCUCCGCUGCGGAUGGAUUCUCCGGCCGAGAUCGCCCGCAUGGUUGCUGCCUCGGCCGCCCUCGGCCUCGGCGGUGGCGCCGUCAUCGGCGUCCCCAUUCCCGACAACGCCGCCGCUGACGGCGCCGUCAUUGAGGCUGCCAUCUCGCGCGCUCUUGCCGAUGCCGACCACCGCGGCAUCACCGGUCGCGCCCUCACCCCAUUCCUCCUCGAGCGCGUCGCCCACCUCACCGGCGGCGCCUCGCUCGAGUCGAACAUUGCCCUUGUCCUCAACAACGCCAAGGUCGGCGCCGCUAUCGCCUGCGAGCUCGCCGCGCUCCGCGCCAAGAACUCGGCAUCUGCAGCCGGCCCGUUGGUUGUCGGCGGCGCAGGCCUCGACGUCGUCGGCACCGCCGGUGAGACCGGGCUCGUCGCCGACUCGUCCGCCCCAGGCACCAUCAGCUACGCGCCCGGCGGCGUUGCACUCAACAUUGCGUCGGUGCUUGGCCGGCUCGGCGCGCGCCCAGCCCUACUCACCCGCAUCGGCGACGAUGUUCCGGCGCACGCAGUCAGCCGUCAGCUCGAGACGUGCGGUGUGGCGUCCGAGCUCGUCACGUCGGUCCCCGGUGGGCGGACUGGCUCGUACCUCGCGGUGCUCAAAUCGACCGGCUCGCUCGCCUACGCCGUCGCUGACAUGGCUCUGGUGGACGGCCUCGACUUUGACGCUGCCGCUGUCGAGGCCGCCUACAACGGCGCGCCGCCACCGGUCAUCAUCGCCGAUGGCAACUGCUCGCCACGGCUUCUGCGUGCCAUCGGCGCCUACGCUGCUGCUCACUCACUCCCGCUGUACUUUGAGCCGACGUCAGUGGCCAAGGCCGGCAGGCUUGGCUCGGCCGGCCCAGACUUUACCGCCGCCGUCACCUGCCUCACGCCCAACGAAGCCGAGCUCGUAGCGCUCGCGCAGUCGACGCCCGACUUUGGCGCCACAGCCUGUCCGCUGGCACACCUCUUCCGUGUCUGCCUCCGCCUCGAGUUUGUCGUGGUCAAGGCCGGCGCCCGCGGCGCACUGCUCGCCGUCCGCGACGCCAAUGCCACUGACGGUUACACGUCGCUUGUCAUGCCUGCCGAGCAGCUGCCGGCCUCGGCCAUUGUCGACGUCACCGGCGCUGGAGACUCGCUCCUUGCAGCUUUUGUCUGGGCCAUCCACACUUGCGGCGCCGAGCCAGCUCGCGCGCUGGCGCUCGGCCAGGCCGCCGCCCGCCUCACGCUCAUGGCCCCGUCGGCCGUCUCGGAACACCUGACCCGCGCAGCCGUCGAGGCUGCCGCCCGCGCCUCGGCGCUCUAG